AGGAACAAGAGGAUCUUCCCAAACAAAAGCGUUUUGCUAGGUCACCAGUGAAGUACACUCCAUCUGAGCAUUCGCCAAAGAGGAGGAAGAGAGAAAAGGGUAAGAAAAGAGCUGACAAUGAAUUUUUGCCUCCACUGAAGGAAAUAGUUGGACCUUUCACAGAAGAUCCAACAGAGAGCCCACCAGAUCAUGAAAUAGAGAGGGUGAGAGCAUACCUCCAAGUUGGAUUGUUGAAGAAUUUUCAAAAAAACAAAAAUGGCAGAAGGUACAAAGUGGAAGAAGAAAAAAUGGUUCACAAACCGUUCUUGCUAGACACUAUGAAAGUUGAAUCAAAAACAUGGUUAUAUGACAUGUUUACGAAUCAUGAAUGGAUCACUGACAAGCAUGUUGAGGUAGUAAUGUACUAUUUGGGCAUGAAACGGGUGCAUUACAAACUGCCACAAAACUACAUCACAACUGGGCCUUUUUUCUUGCAAAUACUGAAGCGGGAGCUUGACACUAUAUCAAAGGGGCACUAUACAUACCACAAGUCAGCACAAGAAGAAAAUAUUGUUCGUGACAUAAUAGGUGCGAACAACUAUAGCCUACACUGGAGCAAAGCAGACUUCGUGUACUUCCCUCUGAAUACUGGCAACCAUUGGGUUUUGGUAGUACUAGAUAUCAAGCAAAGAAAGGUAAGAGUGUACAACUCCAAUUCUAGAAGAGGUGAUUCACUAAGGGAUAUCAGGUCCUAUGUUGCAUGCAUAACAGUCCUCCUGCCCAAAAUAAUGGUCUAUCACAAAGUGUACGAACAGAUGGGUGAGGAUCCUAUGGGUGAAAGGUUUUUGGAAGUUGAGCCUGUAGAAGGAUGUCCACAGCAAGAUGAUGGGGGAAAUUGUGGAAUGUUCAUGCUCAAGAUGGCUGAAUUUCUAAUGGUGGGGAUGGACAUGGAUGGCAUAUAUCCUGAAGGUAAUACCUUUGUUUAGAGAAAAAAUGGCAACUGAACUGGUCCUAUAUAGCAAGAGGAGGCAGGGUGAGAGAGAAUGAAAUGAAGCUAUAAAGAAAUGGGAUUGUAGGAUGAAACAA